AUGGCACCGCGCGUUCUCAUCACCUUCUCGGGGACCCGCGGCGAUGCCCAGCCCUAUAUGGUGGCUGGGGAAGCGCUCCAGGCAGCAGGUUUCGAGGUGAUGACCGCGGGGAACGUGGAUGCGGCAGGCUUGGCAGAGAGUUUUAAGGUCCCUUUCCGUGCUACCCGGAUGAGCGCUCGAGAGAUCAUGACGAACACGCUGCUUGUGGAGGCUAUUACUGAACAGAGCAUCCCAAAGAUCGUGAAAGUGCAGGAGCAGAUUAUGUCCAAAGGGAGGCGACGAGAAGAGUUGGAGAAGUGGUACCAACUCUUACAAGACUUCAAGCCGCAACUUGUCCUCUGCGGGGGUGUCAGCCUCAACGCAGUGCCACCAAUGGCACGGGAGAUGGGCAUCCCUGCCCUGUCUUUCUCACUGCAGCGAAUGAGACCCAGCCGCUACUUUACACCUUUCGGGUUCCCGACGACACAGCUGGGGCUCUUGAACCUCGCCUACUGGAACUUCUUGCAUUGGGCCAUCCUAAGAGGUACGCGGACGAAGGACGGGCCGGCUUUCCAGGAGUUCUUCAAGAAGCCAGCUAAAGAGGUCCUGAUGUCUAUGCAAGAGGUGUACGAUCUUUACGCCUGCAAGGCGGUAUACCCGAGCCUCAUAGCGGAGAGUCAUGCUCUCCAUGGCGACUUUCCGGAAGACUUCAACGAGAACUGCAUCCGGAUCGGGGCGAUGAUGCCCGCUGCCUCCAAGCAAGUGGGGCGGGAGUUCGGAUCGACAGAGGUGGAUGCCAUGGAGGUCUUCCUUUCUAAGGGCGAGGCGGCGCCUGUGUUCUUUGGUUACGGCUCGAUGAUCUGCAAGAACUCGAAGUUCAUGACUCUUCUGAGCCUUCGAGCUCUGAGGCUGACGGGUCUUCGUGGCAUCUUCUGUGCAGCCUGGUCCGAGAUGUCCCUGAGCCUUGUAGAGGGCGAAGAGGAUGCGAAGGAGCUGAAAGACUUCUGCAAGGACCAUGUGCUCUUCGUGAAGUACGCGCCGCACGGAGUCCUCUUCCCACGCUGCUGCGCCAUCGUUCACCAUGGAGGCGCCGGAACCACAAAUGCCUCUGCGCGGUCUGGCAUACCUACAAUCAUCCUACCACUGGCCUUCGACCAGUUCGAUCAUGCAGACAUGGUUAACAAAAGUGGCAUCGGGGUGGGCCUGAAGGCCAUGCCCUCCUUGACACCCGGUGAGAUUGCGCAGGCCAUCUGCAAGUGCAGGGAGACAACGGCCAUUCGCGAGAGGGCUCGUGAGGUGAGCCUGGCUAUGGAGAAGGAGGAUGGCCCCAGGGAGCUCGUCGACUUCGUCCGCAGUUACAUGAAA